AGCUUCACAGGAAGAUCUUGUAAGAUCUUUUUUUUCUAUCCAUUCUAUCGAUGUUAUCAUCCGUACUCCGGACACACCCACAAGCACAUAUCUAUAUCUACCUAGGUAGGUAUCUGUAGUACCAAAGCUACGUGAUUCAUAGAUACCGGUGGUCCAUGAUCAAUUCCUUGUUUUUCAUCGGAUUUUAUAGUUCACUCCAUGGAAAUCUAGCUUUUCCUGUCUUAAGACUUUGUCGUUCACAGCAUGGCUCCCCUGGCGCCUAUCUUCAAGAAAGCAUACCUUACUCUUUUUCUUGGAAUUUCGUUUUAUGCUUUAGCAUUGCUUGCCUUGACAAAUCCAUGGCUGCAAAGACAUGUGAUGUACGUGCACAAGUUACAUCUGCCACAGGCCUGGGCAACAGACAUAGAUAAGCCAGAAAAGUUUGGCUUCGCUAAGAAUCAGGUGACGCCAUUCAAUUUCAGUACUGUGGAUGGGGAGACUAUCUACGCGUGGCAUGUAAUGCCCCUUGGCCUUUAUGCUAAGCAUGAAUCGGAGAUAUUGAAGCAACCGUCGGGGUUCGUGAAUGAUAUAAGUCACAGGAAGGGAUUCGAACUAUUGAGAGAUGACCCAAACGCUCGGCUUAUUAUCAAUUUUCACGGGACAUUUGGAAACGUGGCUCAGGGAGAACGAACAGCUUCAUAUCGGGCGAUACCUGACGGAAGCACCUCAGAUAUUCACAUUUUAGCCAUUGAUUAUCGUGGAUUUGGCCGCUCAACUGGUUUCCCUACCGAGGAAGGACUCAUCUUAGAUGGUAUCUCGGCAGUCGAGUGGGCUAUGAACAGUGCCAAAAUUCCGUCAUCUCGAAUUGUGAUUCUAGGUCAGAGUUUAGGAACAGCAGUUGCUUGUGGCGUCAUAGAACAUUUUGCCGUGCAAAAAAUCGAAUUUGCAGGUGUUGUACUUGUCGCCGGGUUUACAGAUAUUUCAAACUUACUGACCAGCUACUCCAUCGCCGGCUGGAUACCAGUGCUGUCGCCGUUGCGUCCAUACCCUGCGCUGCAGAAGCUCUUCAUCAGCUAUGUGAACGACAAAUGGCCCUCCACCUCACGCCUUACGAAUUUUGUGAAAAUCAGUAAGCGGGUGCGAUUAUUUAUUAUUCAUGCUUUAGAUGAUUACGAGAUUCCAUGGUAUCAUUCACAAGGAUUGUUUGCUGCUGCUGCAAAUGGUACUAUGGAAAGUGGGAUAGCCAUGGACUUGUUGGAGAAGAUGAAAGCGCGGAAUACCGUUGAUAUGGGUGAUGGUGCUUUCAUUUCGACUUGGAAGACUGGAAGUGAUAAGAUCAUUCGACAAGAAAUAGUCGCACAUGGAGCUCAUAGUACGGUUCUCACCUAUGCGCCUCUAUCCUUAGCAGUUUUUAAAGCAUUUGGUCUCGACAACGGAGGGGUAAUACCAUGAUGAGAAAGCCGUUAGUGAUAAAGGUACGAACAAUGUACCACUCUAGUGCCAUUCGAGUGCCAUUUGUGUAUAUAAAUUUGCUGUAUAUAUAAGUUCCCAGGUAUAAAAUAGAAGGAGUCAGGAGGACAAAUAAAUGUUUUUCAUUUUGAGAACAU